ACAAGGCAAACAAGCAGUAGUGGAGGCGAGCCGGGCCCUCCAGACGAGGCCUUGCAGCCAGGCAGCCGCAGUCCGCCCGCUGUGGCCCUCAGUCCUUCGGAAAGUGUGGUGUCCGACCGAUCAACAACAUCGGUAGUAGCACAGCGGCAAGUCACGUUUUUAAAACCAGCUGCCGACACCACCCUGGAUCGAAAGGCCUCCAUAGUGGAUGAGACUUCUGGCAUCACCCGGACACAAAUGAAAGAAUUCCGCGAAGCUUUUCGUUUAUUCGACAAAGACGGCGAUGGAACAAUUACUAAAGAGGAGCUCGGUCGUGUUAUGCGAAGCCUUGGACAAUUCGCGAGGGUUGAGGAACUUCAGGACAUGCUUCAGGAGGUCGAUAGUGAUG